AUUGCUUUGUGGAUUAUAUUUAAAGGUUUCUAUAUUCAAUUGCUCCCACCUUUUUUUUCUCUUGAAUGCACAAUCUCUCGUGGAACUUUUGUGCAUGGCCACCAACAUUUUUUCUUUCUUCUAGUAGGGUCACAGAUGCAACAAGGAACCGAAACCCUCACUGAGCAAGAGGUCAAGACUGUAGAAUCUGAUUCUUCAUUUCCCCAAGUAUCAAUGGGAACAAGUGACGGGCAGAAUGACUCUAAUGCUACUGAGCAUGAUUCUUGCUCUGUUGGCUCCCGUAUUUAUCUUCCUGUUGCUGACAAAACACAAUCUCUUGAUGAACCUAUCAAAUCUGGCAGUAUGGAAAAUGUUAAACCAGCUGCUCCAGAGCCAAGCAUCAAGGCUGAAGUAAUCGACUUGACACAAGAAUGCAGGUCACCCCCGUUAGUUUCAGUGCCACCAACUGAUAUGCUCAACCUUGUGGCAACAACAAGUACAGUGCCUGUUGCUUUACAAUCUCCUGUUGAAACUAUCCAGCCUGUCAAGAUGGAAAAUGAUAAACCAGCCAUUCCAGAGCCAAGCACCGAGGCUGAAGUAAUGGACGUUGCAGAACCAAGUGCUGAGGCGGAAGUAGACGUUCCAGAGCCAAGCAUCAAGGCUGAAGGAAUGGACGUUGCAGAACCAAGCGCUGAGGCUGAAGUAGACGUUCCAGAGCCAAGCAUCGAGGAUGAAGUAAUGAACUCAACUCCAGAACACACAUCUCUCCCCUUGGGCUCAAUGCCACCAACCAAUACUUCCAACCUUGCGGCGAAAGCAACUGCAGUGCCUGUUGAUUCUGCCCGAUGCAGUUACUCGAUGUCAACUAACCGAAUCCAGAUCUACCCAUGCCGUCCUGACCUGAAAUUACCAGCGGGGGCGACCGUGCUUCCCUUUAGUGACGACAAGUGGGUGGCCGUGAGCUUGCCUUUACCUUGA